AAAGAACGAUUUGGCGAUCGACUGAGUUUCGAAAACGGUGUAAUGACAAUAAAGGAUUUGAAAGAAGAGGAUGCCGCAGACUUUUACUACCGCAUUGGCGAGUAUCCACACGUACUGAAUAUUUUGUUGUAA